AUGGAGUCAAAAGUGGUUGAGGAGUUGAAGUUUACUGGGCAUGAGGAAGCUGAUACUAGAAUAUUUGAAAUUAUUAAUUUUUUCAAAGACACAUUCGAUAUAUUUGUUAUUUACUCAUUGGACCCAGAUGUUUUCGUUUUAUCGAUGUUUUUUUCGGUUACCUUAGAUGUCAAAAUUUGGAUGGAAAGAGAAAAGAAAUUUAUCCCAUGUUUCUCAAUCAUUCAAGCCUUAGCAAAAUUGAAACAUCAGGAUGUUAAAAUAUUAGCAGACAAUUUGUUGUCAGUAUAUUGUUUAUCUGGGUGUGAUUGUGUUAGUUUUCCGUUUAGAAAAGGGAAGGGAGCCCUAAAAAUAGUGUUGUCUCAAGAACCAGAUAAGAUGCAUAUUUCACCUUUUGGGACCAAAAGUACAUGUAAUCCAUAUGGAAUAUCCGACGAGUUACUAUCAUCAUGUCGACUAUUCUUCAAGCAUUUGUAUGGCCGAAAAGACUUUAGAGGAAAUAUGGAUGAAUUGAGAGCUCAUAUGUUUCCAACUUGCAAAACAGAUAUAAGGGAUUUGCCGCCGAUUGAAGAUUCCCUUAUUUUUCAUUCUCUUUUAGAAGACGACAAUAAUACUUCAGAAAAUUCUUUUGAAAAACUAAUUAAAUCUGCUGACAUUUAUUUCGAGGUAUCUCCUGUAAAAAUUCAAAAAAGCCCAGCUCAUGAUCUCGAAAAUGAAAUCGAAAUCUCAUUUGAAGAUAAUGCCUCGGCCCCUGAUCAAAAUAAUUCUGACGAGGUUAAGUCUGCGUUUGCACAAACGUCUACGGAAAUUGACGCUAAUAUAGAUUUUAAUGAUCUAAGUGAUUUGGUAGAUUUAACUGAUUUCUUCGGGCAAAAUAAAGUUAACGAAAUCACGGCAAUACAGGCGGUAAACGAUUGCGUCAAAAGAGUUUUUUGA